AUGUUUCGAAUUCUUGAGUCCCAAGCUCCAGCGAGGCAGACGGCUGCGGAUACUAUCAAUACCCUGAGCAACAGGCUCCAGAGCGCGACGUUGCUUGAGGACCGUCGAGCCGCGAUCUUAGGUCUCCGGAGCUUUGCAAAGGAAUAUCCUGCGUCUGUUGCAUCCGGCGGCCUUCGUCCGCUGAUAAACAGCCUGCGAAACGAUGCAGAGGAUGUCGAUACUAUUAAGGUGGUUCUGGAGACAUUGUUGAUGCUGUUUUCUCCGGAUGAAAGCAGUCCGGAAGCAUCUGAUGAAAUUGCACUUUGGCUUGCGGAUGAGUUUACACAGCGGCAAGACAACAUCACGAUUCUCCUAGAUCUUUUAGAUGCCAAGGAGUUUUAUUCUCGACUAUAUUCCCUUCAAUUGAUGUCACAUAUAUCGAGCGCACGCCCAGAAAGAACUCAAGAAUGUAUUUUUACCGCACCAUUAGGAAUAUCGCGGCUGGUUAGUGUUCUGAGUGAUAGCCGUGAACCUGUUCGCAAUGAGGCCCUCCUUCUUUUAAUCGCAUUGACGCCAUCAUCCGCGGAGCUUCAAAAGGUUGUGGCUUUUGAGAAUGCCUUCGAGCUUAUUUUCUCCAUAAUAGAGGCCGAGGGCUCUUUAACGCACGGAGCAAUGGUUGUUGCAGAUUGUCUUUCGCUUUUAGGGAACCUUCUAGCGCUUAAUGUUUCGAAUCAGUCGUAUUUCCGUGAAACAGGCUGUGUGAAGAGGAUUGCAACGCUCCUUGUUGCGGCAAACCAGGAGGAAGAAAUCGAAGGUGGCCUUUCCGAGUGGCUAUUGGAGCAUCGGGAUAAGAAUUUAUGGGGGCUCUUGGCUAUAAUACAGUUAUUUCUUAUCAGCGGGGGGAUCAGUACGCCGGUCAAUCAGUCUGCGUUUUGGCAAAAUGGGGUUAUGGAGCAGGUUCUUCGCACAGCAUUCAACCCAAGCUUCAAUGUCAGGAUCAAGGCUAAGGCACUUGCAACGUGUGCGGAUUUGAUACGUGGAAAUUGCGCGUUGCAAGAACAGUUUGCAGAUAUAGAUGUCGCUGUUGGACCCAAAAAAAAUCAAGAGCCGCUUACAAAUGGUGCUUCAAAAACAAGCACUUAUGAAACACAUAAUGUAAUAGAGGCUCUUCUCAGCCUAGCUCUCGAGUCACAAUCGGCUAGUUUUCUAGAUGCAAGGUUGUCUGCCUGCGACUGUGUCAAAGCCUUUUUCUCAAACCAUUCGGGAAUUCGACUACAUUUUCUCCGCAGGGCAAUAGAGGGGCAUAACAGCGGAGAAGACCAAAUUCCUAAUAUUUUUACAAUUCUCCUCCAGCCACCAGGUAGCAGGGGGAAUACCGACCCGUACCAACCAUGGCUUGCAGCUGUUUUACUGUUCCAUCUGGUUUUCGAGGACACUGAAUCGAAAGCUCUCGCUAUGAAAGUCACUGAAGGCGAUGCAUCAAGUGGUGAAGAAGUUAUUACCUGCGUCCAAGCAAUUGCAGGAAAUUUGAUCUCUGUCAUGCAAAGGAAUGAUGAUGAAAGGAUCUCCGUGGGAUAUUUAAUGCUUCUCAGCGGUUGGCUUUUUGAAGACCCAGAUGUUGUUAAUGAUUUUCUCGGCGAGGGAAGCAUCGUCCAGAGGCUUAUACAAGAAACGAAACAAAAUACUUCAUCCAAGGCACUCCUUCCUGGCCUUUCAGCUGUCCUGCUCGGCAUAAUUUACGAAUUCUCCACCAAAGAUUCUCCAAUACCCCGCGCUACGCUACAUCAGCUAUUGACCAGCGGGCUGGGAAGGGAACAAUACAUUGACAAGAUCACUAAACUCCGUGAGCUGUCGCUGGUGCGAGAUUUUGAAGUUUUACCCCGGACGGCGCAGGGGGGAUAUGAUGGAUUGCCCGAAGUAUAUUUUGAUACAACGUUCAUCAACUUUUUAAAGGACAAUUUUAGUCGGUUGAUCCGUGCUAUCGAUCGUGACCCUGGCUUCGAGGUACCCAUUAUUGCCAAUGGAAUCCAGAAGGGAAUAUCGCGUGAAUUGGUUGACACUCUCCGAGCGCAGGUAGAGGAUAAGAGCCAAGCAAUUCAAAAGUUGGAAUCAGACCUAUUGACCCUAGAACGAAAAUUGGAGCAGGAACGGCUUGACCACAGAAAAACAAAGGAUUCAACAGCGGUUGAAUUAGGUCGAAUCAAAAAUAUAAAUGAAACUCUCCAGAAAAACCACGAAGAGGAGAUAAGAACUCUUGAGGAGCGGAACAAACAGGCUCGAAACGAUCUCCUCCGACAACAUGGGGAACAGCUACAGGAUAUUGACACACAGCUCAAGCAGAAAUCCGCGGAAUACGAGAAAAAGGCUUCAAAGAUCCGUGAGCGACACGAGGCUGAAGUGGCAGAUUUGAAAAAAACUAUACAAGAACUGGAAGCAAACCUUGAGAAAGCUGGUAAGGAUCAUAUACAGGAUCUUCAAACCGCCCACGAGGAGUAUUCCACGAAGCUGUCUUCAUUGGAAGCACGGAAUCAACGCGCGGAAGAACGUACUGAGGAGUGCGAUGAACGUGUUGCUAAGGCAGAAAAGGAACUCAAAGCUGCCCAGGCUGCGCUGGAAGCAGCACAGGCCGAAUCGAAGGAGAGGGAAGAGGCCCGAAAGGCUGCGCAGGGAGAACUUGAGGAUCUAUUGAUCGUUUUUAGCGACCUGGAGGCUAAACGGGGCCAGGACAAGAAACGUUUGAAGGAACUUGGGGUAGAAGUAUCUGAGGAUGAAGAUGGGGAUGACGGAGAGGAAGAUGAGGAGGGGGUGGAAAAAACGAUUGAUUGA